UUCUUUUGUAAUAGCAAGCAUAGAGUGUGUUCUUAAAAUGAGGCUUCCUAUUGUUACUCUCCUGUUGCUCUUUCUGGUGACUGCUUUUGCCGCAGGUCCUGUUUUGGCUCAGGCGGCAGGCGUCGAUGACUACGCAGACUUUGAGGACAACUCUGACACUGACAGGAUGGCUUCAACUACGUCCAAAGGAUCACCAAUCAGUUCACCUUCAACAGUUCUCAAAACUAUAAGUUCAACGUCAAGUGAUUCUAGUACUACUAGUACUUCUCCAGCUACAACUCAGACUUCCACGACUACUCAAAUUGCAAAAGAUUCCACACACACAACUGUUUCCACCAACGCUGUCCCCACCACAACUGUUUCGACCACAGCUGAUCCCACCACGACUGUUCCCACCACAACCGCUGAACAGCUUACAGAAGAGGAAAUCAUUUUGGCCCUCCUGGCUGAAAAUUCAGCAGCUCAAACUGUGUCCAAUACUUUGCUCAAUACUGUCAGCACAUUUAUUUGGAAUAUAGACGAAGAAUUGGACAGUCAUUCCGAGUCCCUUGACCUAGUUGAAGACACCAAAAAGCUCCUACAAAACAAAACACAAGAACUUUUAUUUUGGAAAGCCAAAUUUCUUAGAGGAGUAGUCACCUCAAUUCAAAAGAUUGACUUAUUUGCCAAUCGUACAAUCGAUACCGCGUCUCAAUUGCUUAGUUUGCAAAAAGAGAACCUGGAUCGAGUAAAGGAUCUUGGGGUUAAACUAAACAUCACCGAAGGCCAAAUCCUGCGUACCUCUAAAAGAUUGGAUAACAAACUCAACUUUGUCAGGGAACUACUUCUAUAUACUGUCGAGCCGAAAGUAAAUAGUUUAAAGGAAUCGUUUGCCAUCCUUAAUACAUCCCAAGUCAAUUCACUUGCUGAACUGGAAAACGUUCCUUUGGUCAGAAAUCUAACCGAGACUUCAAUUAUUAAGUUAUCUUCCCUGAAUAAGGAAGUAGUUGUAAUUAACCAGACUCAAGAAAACAGUUUUGACUCCCUAAAGGAUGCGAUUAAGGCCCGGGCUCCCACUAACCUCAGCACGGCAAGCGACCUAUUUCAGGUCAUAAGUAUUUCCCAAAAACGCACCGAUUUGGCAUUCGCUCUUUGCGGAUCUUCGGAGUAUAGUCGUAAAGCUACUCAUUUUGAGAACUAUAACGCCCAGUAUAUCAGAAGACCCUAUCUACAAAAAGAUAAAUAUCUAAUAAUCGAGAAAUCUCGUGUGGUAAGGGAGAGGAGUCAUACAAACUGAAGCUACCUAAAAUGGAAAACGGAUAAUACAAACUAAAUGAACCCCGACUACAUAAAUAAAUUUAAUGUAUUUAAUGUUUAAAGGCUUGUAUGAAAACUACAAUGUAUUUAUGUAUCAUUUUCUAGAUGUAGUAACCUAAAGAAUGGGAGCAAUGUAUCAAUUUCACCCAUCCUACCGUUCAAAUAAAAAACAGUU